GCAGGGGAUCUCAUCAUGGAGAUUUCAUCAAAAGAAAAUACUCAGUUUUUCUCAAACAACACAAUCCUGCCUGUUGACCGAUCUUCAUUCAAAUCUGAAUCUUCCGCAUCCAAGGAAAAACAGUUGUGUUGUGGAGGUAUAAAGAUAUUUCUUGGUGCAUUAUCUUUUGUUUAUUUUGCUAAAGCACUGUCAGGAAGUUAUCUAAAAAGUACUACCACACAAAUAGAAAGAAGAUUUGAUAUCUCUUCCUCUUUGGUUGGCGUUAUUGAUGGCAGUUUUGAAAUUGGGAACCUCCUAAUUAUAAUUCUUGUAAGCUACUUUGGAGCGAAGCUUCACAGGCCAAGAAUAAUUGGAGCAGGCUGCUUAAUUAUGUCAGCUGGAACAUUCCUAAUUGCGAUGCCCCAGUUCUUCAUGGGACGAUAUCGGUAUGAAAGAUUCCCUUCCACCAUCAAUUCGACUGUUAGCAUCUCUCCAUGUCUGCAGGAUAAAAGCCAAACAACUCCACUCUCAGCCUUGGAAAAAUCUCAAGCAAAAAUAAAUGCAGGAUGUGAAAAAGAAGCAGGCUCUUCCAUGUGGAUCUAUGUUUUACUGGGAAAUCUUUUGCGUGGAAUAGGCGAAACUCCUAUCCAGCCUCUGGGAAUUACGUACAUUGAUGAUUACGCCAUUGAAGAGAAUGCUGCCUUAUACAUUGGCUGCGUACAGACAGUUGCAAUUAUAGGGCCAAUAUUUGGCUUUCUUCUAGGAUCCCUGUGUGCCAAACUUUAUGUUGACAUUGGCUUUGUAGAUCUGGACAGUGUAACAAUAACUCACAAGGACGUGCAGUGGGUGGGAGCCUGGUGGCUGGGUUACUUAAUAGCAGGUGUGAUUAGCGUUCUGGCCGGCAUCCCCUUCUGGUUCCUGCCGAAGCACCUCCCAAAACCAGAGAGCAGAAAGGACUCCAGUACCUCUUCUGAGCAGUCAAAGUUCAUCACUGAGGAUAACAAGGACCAACAUAAAUCUUAUCAGCAACAAGUGAAGAUUGCUGAGAUGGCAAAAGACUUCUUGCCAUCACUGAAGAACCUCUUUGGAAAUCCAGUUUACAUUCUGUAUUUGUGUGCAAGUAUCAUUCAGUUCAAUUCUUUAAUUGGCAUGGUGACAUAUAAGCCAAAGUACAUUGAACAACAGUAUGGGCAAACAUCUUCAAAAACUAAUUUUGUUAUAGGCCUUAUCAACAUUCCUGCUGUGGCCUUUGGCAUAUUCUCUGGGGGACUGAUCAUGAAAAAAUUCAGAAUCGAUGUUUUAGGGGCCGCAAAACUCUCCCUGGGAUCAUCUUUCUUUGGUUACCUUUUGCUCCUCUCAUUAUUUGCGAUGGGCUGUGAGAACUCGGAUGUGGCCGGACUGACCGUGUCGUACCACGGAACUAAACGGAUGACUGAUGACGAGCAAGCCCUGUUUUCAGAGUGCAACUCGGGCUGCGCAUGUUCCAAGAAUGACUGGGAUCCCAUCUGCGGGGAAAAUGGAGUUACCUACAUUUCUGCUUGUCUCGCUGGCUGCCAGGCAUCCAACGGCAGUGGGAAAAACACCGUAUUUUUUAACUGCAGCUGCGUGGGAACCUUGGAAUCUCCUUCACGAAGCUCCUCAGCUGUGGUGGGACCAUGUCAAAAAGGAAAUGAGUGUCCAAAAAUGUUUCUGUAUUUUCUAGUAAUAUCAGUUAUCACUUCAUAUACUUUGUCAGUAGGUGGCACACCCGGAUACAUACUGCUUCUAAGAUGCAUUAAGCCACACUUGAAAUCAUUUGCACUUGGUAUCUAUACCCUGGCAAUAAGAGUACUUGCGGGAAUUCCAGCCCCAGUGUAUUUUGGAGUGGCCAUAGAUACCACUUGCCUGAAAUGGGGAAGCAAAAGAUGUGGGGGAAGAGGAGCGUGCAGACUCUACAACUCCAGUGCACUCAGGUACAUGUACCUGGGGCUGACUUUGGUGUUGGGCACGGUGUCCAUUUUCUUCAGUGUUGCUGUCCUUUGGGUUCUCCGCAAAAGGUCUUCUCCACAAGAUGAGAACCUCUCAGCCAACGGGGAGAGAGGCACCUGUGGGACAAAAAGCAGGAAAGAUAAUUUUGUCAAUAGUGACUGUUUAAUUCAGACAACUUACUGGCCAGAAAAGGAGACUAGACUUUAG